UAAUUAAAAAAAAAAACAAGUCUUUGAAGUUCGUGUUCUUCUUGCAUACUAAAAUAAUAAUAUCUUUUGGGUAAUGGAAACAAGUGACGAAAUCAAGAUCGUCUUCUUGUUUAUAUUCCAUAAGCACUUCUUUGGUCUAAGUAAUGCUACAUCAAACAAAGAUUAAUCUCAAACCAGUGUGGAGAAGCAAAUGGAGAAGCCAAAGUUCAAGACUGUUCAAGAGGUGAUUGCAUCCGGCGAAGGACUACCGGAAAGAUAUCUCCACACACCCACUACCGAAAGUCAACCACUUGACGCUCCCGUGCCGGAGAUGGAUAUUCCGGCCAUCGAUCUCAUCCUUCUCCUGUCUCCUUCUGAGUACGGUCGACAAGAGUUGAGUAAGCUUCACUCUGCGCUCUCUACAUGGGGCGUUGUUCAGGUGAUGAAUCAUGGAAUGACAGAAGCGUUUCUUGAAAAUAUCUACGAGCUGACCAAGCAGUUCUUUGCGCUUCCGACCGAAGAGAAACAAAAGUACGCUAGAGAGAUUGGUAGUAUUCAAGGAUACGGUAACGACAUGAUUCUGUCUGAUGAUCAAGUUCUUGAUUGGAUCGACCGUUUGUAUCUCACUACUUACCCUGAAGAUCAACGUAAACUUCACUUCUGGUCUGAGAUUCCAGCUGGUUUCAGGGAAACUUUACAUGAAUAUACAAUGAAGCAACAAGUAGUGAUUGAGCAGUUCUUUAAAGGCAUGGCAAGAUCGUUGGAACUAGAUGAGAAUUGCUUUCUAGACAUGUAUGGAGAAAACGCUAUGAUGGAUACAAGAUUUAACUUGUAUCCACCAUGUCCAAGGCCAGACAAGGUUAUUGGUGUCAAACCACAUGCUGAUGGCUCUGCUUUCACUCUUCUCUUACCUGACAAAGACGUGGAAGGGCUUCAGUUCUUGAAAGAUGGCAAGUGGUAUAAAGCUCCUAUCGUUCCUGAUACUAUUCUGAUCAAUGUUGGAGAUCAGAUCGAGAUAAUGAGCAAUGGGAUAUACAAGAGUCCGGUUCAUAGAGUGGUGACUAACAGGGAAAAGGAAAGGAUAUCUGUUGCAACGUUUUGUGUUCCUGGUGCGGACCAAGAGAUUCAACCUGUAGAUGCGCUUGUGACCGAGACAAGACCAAGAUUGUAUAAGACAGUUAAGAAGUAUGUUGAGUUCUACUUUGAAUACUAUCAACAGGGUCGAAGACCGAUCGAAGCUGCUUUGAUCUGAUGAUACUUUUCAAGUCUUGUUCUUGGUUUUUUCACAAAUGAAUCUGUUUCUUUCAUUGCUAGAUCACUAAAGAGAAUAAUACAGUUGCUUUGAUUUUUGAACUGUGAGGUCUGCAUUGUGUUGCUACUUUUGAGAAUACUAUGAGGUCUGAAGUGAGAUUGAGAUUUGGGUGUGGUUGUGAUUUGAA